AUGGCCGGACCAGACGAAUGGCUAACAACAAUAAAAAAAUGCCAUUUUUUAUCCGAAACAGACAUGAAAAAACUUUGUGAAAUGGUUAAAGAUCUAUUAAUGGAGGAGUCCAAUAUACAACCUGUACACACGCCUGUCACAGUUUGUGGUGACAUUCACGGUCAAUUCUAUGAUCUGUUAGAACUAUUCCACGUUGGUGGAGAGAUUCCAGACACCCAUUAUAUAUUCAUGGGUGAUUUUGUAGAUAGAGGUUAUUACAGUUUAGAAACAUUCACACUAUUGAUGGUUUUGAAAGCAAGGCAAGAGAGAAUGAAUAUUCACGGAAUUCAUAACAAAAUCACUCUUUUGAGAGGUAAUCAUGAGAGUAGGCAGAUCACACAGGUGUAUGGGUUUUAUGAUGAAUGUCAAACAAAAUACGGAAGCCCAAAUGUUUGGAAGUACUGUUGCCAAGUGUUUGAUUAUUUGACUCUAGCUGCUAUUGUUGAUGGGCGUAUCUUAUGUGUUCAUGGUGGUUUAUCGCCCGAAGUUCGAACAUUAGAUCAGAUAAGGACGAUACCUAGAGCCCAAGAAAUUCCACAUGAAGAUUUAAUGUGGUCUGAUCCCGAAGACAUUGAUACAUGGGCUGUUAGUCCACGAGGAGCUGGCUGGUUAUUUGGAGCAAAAGUGACGAAUGAGUUUAAUCAGGUUAACGACUUAAAUCUAAUAGCUCGAGCGCAUCAAUUAGUACAGGAGGGUUAUAAGUAUAUGUUCCCUGAUGAUAACCUAGUUACUAUUGAUGAAAGUAGUUUUAAAAUUUUUAACGCUGUUCCUGAUCAAGAAAGGUCAAUCCCACCGAGAGCUGGUGCGG